GCGAAAAGUCAUUUCUCUGUACCGUCAAUUGAUCUCUCUUUCUCAGCUCCCUAAAACCUAAGUACCAUCUCAGGUCAGGAUUUUGCAGAUCCUUGUAACCGAAAGCCGACCUUGCGUCCCUUUUUCUCAGGAAAAAUUUCCUUUUGGGAUUGAUUUUCUCGAGAAAGUUAGGAUUAGGUUUCCGAGAAGAGACGGAUAAUGAGCUUCCAGGAUCUCGAGGCGGGCCGGCCCUUGUAUUCGAGGCGAGACCGCGUCAAUGGCAAGCAGGACUCCACCCAAGCCGUCGCCUCGGGGAUCUUCCAGAUCAACACCGCCGUGUCCACGUUUCAGCGGCUCGUCAACACGCUCGGUACCCCCAAGGACACGCCCGAGCUUCGCGAGAAGCUGCACAAGACAAGGCUACAUAUUGGGCAAUUGGUGAAGGAUACUUCAGCUAAACUUAAACAAGCCAGUGAAAUAGAUCAUAAUGUAGAAGUUAAUGCCAGCAAAAAAAUUGCCGAUGCUAAACUUGCAAAAGAUUUUCAAGCAGUGCUGAAAGAAUUUCAGAAGGCUCAACGGCUGGCAGCUGAGCGGGAAACAGCAUACAAUCCUUUUGUUCCCCAAGCAUUUCUUCCUUCUAGCUACACAGCCAGCGAGAUAGAUGUAAGUUCAGAUAAGAGUCCGGAACAGCGUGCUCUUCUUGUGGAAUCUAGAAGACAGGAUGUCUUGUUGCUGGACAAUGAGAUUGCCUUCAAUGAGGCUGUGAUUGAGGAAAGAGAGCAAGGCAUACAAGAAAUCCAACAUCAAAUUGGUGAAGUGAAUGAGAUCUUUAAAGAUCUUGCCAUUCUGGUCCAUGAGCAAGGAGCCAUGAUUGAUGAUAUUGGCUCCAAUAUUGAGGGUGCUCAGGCUGCAACUUCACAAGGGAAGUCUCAACUUGUGAAAGCGUCAAAGACACAAAGAUCAAAUUCGUCUCUGACGUGCUUGCUGUUGGUGAUAUUCGGGAUUGUGCUCCUUAUUGUGGUCAUAGUUCUCGCUGCCUAAUCAGAAGAUAGCCUGGUUUGUUUGGUGGAGCAAAUUUGGUUUGUGCUCAGCAACAAGAUGGUAUCUCUUUGCUAAUUUCUUCGAAAGUGUUAUUUUACGUGACACCAUGGCUGACCGGAGUGUGUAACUUUUCUCCCUAGUAUAUAUAUAUAUAUAUAUAUAAAUCGGGUGUCCGCUUAUCGUCUUUGGUUGUUUUCGUUGGGUGACUGUUUGUUAUCCUUUGUAAGUCUGUGUUUGGGGUUCUGAGGACGUGUUACAAGCUUCUUGUGUAAUGGUCCCGUUUCCUAUUUAUAAUGAAAUUCAUUAUUCUUUGGCU